AAAAUUCAACCAUUGCAAGAACCUCAAUUAAGCCUCACCAUCUCUACCUCUCCAUUCGUUUCCUCUCAAUUUUCAACCCUGGCUAAUCCUUGGUGGACUGGGCAAGUUGGCCUGCCAGGCCUCGACUCUUCAUCCAAUUCACUUUCCCUCAACAAAGCUAACCGGGAGCUCUCCAUCAAUGAAACCAGUAACAGGAGCGGCGAUGACGAAGAUAGAGACACGGGUGAUGAGCCUAAAGAGGGCGCUGUUGAAAUUGGCACUCGACGACCCCGAGGCCGCCCUCCUGGAUCCAAAAACAAAGCCAAACCACCCAUUUUUGUCACCCGAGACAGCCCUAAUGCUCUUCGCAGCCAUGUCUUGGAAGUUGUUGGCGGAGCUGAUGUAGCUGAGAGCGUCGCACAGUUUGCCCGGAGGCGUCAACGGGGGGUUUGUGUUCUUAGCGGCAGUGGCUCAGUAGCCAACGUAACCCUAAGGCAACCUGCUGCACCCGGUGCCAUAGUAGCACUUCAUGGUAAGUUUGAGAUCUUGUCCUUAACAGGGGCGUUUUUGCCAGGACCUGCUCCACCUGGCGCCACGGGGUUGACGGUGUACCUGGCUGGAGGACAAGGGCAAGUAGUCGGAGGAAGUGUGGUGGGUUCACUGAUAGCUGCAGGGCCUGUGAUGGUCAUUGCAGCAACAUUUGCUAAUGCUACUUAUGAAAGAUUGCCAUUAGAGGAUGAAGAGGAAGCUGCUGGCAGUGGUGGGCAGGAACAGAUCCAAGGUGGGUCUAGUAACUCACCACCACCUAUAGGAAGCAGCGGAGGACAAGCUGGGCUGCCGGAUCCCUCAGCGAUGCCGAUGUAUAAUAUCCCACCGAAUCUAAUGCCUAAUGGAGGUCAGUUAGGGCAUGAUGCUUACUCUUGGGCUCAUGGGCGACCACCUUACUAAAUAGAGAGAGAGAGAGAAGUGGAGAUUUUCAAGAGCCAUCUAUUGUGUUUGAACUCAAAUUAAGGUAGGGAUUUUAAAAUUACUGCAAAGCAAAUAGUACAAUGUACAAGAAUCAAGAGAGAGUUUGUGAAGUAGAGACAUCAUGGCUGUGAAUGUAUAUUAAACUUGGUUUCUCCUGUCUGUUUUUGCAAUAAAAAAAGGAUGAUUUCUGUUCUUGUUUAA